AUGGGUGCGAAGUUCAGAAAAUCCCCAGACCUCACAAAGUAUGCAGCUUAUGAGCAAAAGCACCAGAUCACCAGGGACCACACUAGAUCACCAGGGACCACACCAGAUCACCAGGGACCAAACCAGAUCACAAGGGACCACACCAGAUCACCUCGGACCACACCAGAUUACCACGAACCACACCAGAUCACCAGGUCACCAGGGACCACACCAGAUCACCACGGACAACACCAGAUCACCACGGACCAUACCAGAUCACCACGGACCACACCAGAUCACCACGGACCACACCAGAUUACCACGGACCACACCAGAUCACCACGGACCACACCAGAUCACCAGGUCACCAGGGACCACACCAGAUCACCAGGGACCACACCAGAUCACAAGGGACCACACCAGAUCACCAGGGACCAUACCAGAUCACAAGGGACCACACCAGAUCACCUCGGACCACACCAGAUUACCACGGACCACACCAGAUCACCACGGACCACACCAGAUCACCAAGUCACCAGGGACCACACCAGAUCACCACGGACAACACCAGAUUACCACGGACCACACCAGAUCACCAGGUCACCAGGGACCACACCAGAUCACCAGGUCACCAGGGACCACACCAGAUCACCAGGGACCACACCAGAUCACCAGGGACCACACCAGAUCAGCAGGUCACCAGGGACCACACCAGAUCACAAGGGACCACACCAGAUCAGCAGGUCACAAGGGACCACACCAGAUCAGAAGGGACCCGACCAAUCUCCAGGGACCACACCAGGUCACCAGGGACCACACCAGAUCACCAGGGACCUGACCAAUCACCAGGGGCCACACCAAUCACCAGGAACCACACCAGAUCUCCAGGUACCACACCAGAUCACCAGGGACCGUGCUUGUUAA